GUUGUUUAUCCCUUUUUCAUAAUCUCAAGAUCUUGCACUAACUGCUAGCGUCUUUCUCCAGUGUCUCUAUUGUUCUUUCUUUAUCUGCCCUCAAAUUUUCUUUUCGAAAAAAGUCUCACCUACAUUACAAUUACAAUUUAUGUUAUAAUUCAUUUUCAAAUUAGAAUUACAAUUACAAUUCAACUUAUUUCUCUCUAGGUUAUUCAUAAAUUCCAGAUUUUUAUUUACAAAUUCGACGAAUUAUCACACACAUUCUCGAAUUUCUAUCAUCAAAUUAAAAUACUGCGAAAUAAAGGAUCGUGCGCAAAUUGAACUUUUUUCGACGAGAUCGGAUACUUGGAUCUUCCUAAAAAUUUGAAGGUGAAUGCUUGAGCUUUUGGAGAGCUAGUGAUAUAUUUGAGCUAAAAUUUGAGCUUGGUUGAUUUCAAUACAAUAAAUGGCUGCUCCUGUAUAUCCAGGGGCACCUAGACCGAACAACUCGCAGUCGCCGCCACCUCCCUCGAAUUAUGUCCCUAAUGUGAUUAGGGGUCCUGAUUCAUCCUUAUCUCAAAACUUUCAAAAUUUACAUGUUAAUCAGCCACCUAAUGUUGCACCACCGUCUUCAGCUGGUACUGUUAGGCCUCCACCAUUUGGUCAGGGUCCGCGGUUCCCUCCAUCUGUUGCUGGACCACCUGGUUCGUUUCCUGGAGCCUCGCCGGUCUCCAGGCCUGGCCCCCCACCACCAGGUGUAGUCCCAAGAGCUGCUGCAGCUCCCUCAGGUCCCAUGGCCCCACCCGGUAUGAUAUCUGGUAGACCAUCUGGUCCUCCUCCUGGUGUUCAACCUCAGGGCUUGAUGUCUAGACCUCCUUCUCAAGGACCUUUCCCUGGAAGUGGUCCAAUAGUCCCCCAUUCUGGGACACCUACUUCAGGUCCUCCCAGACCUCAACCUGGGGCUCCACCUUCGAUGGCUCGUCCUGGUGGUUUUGGUUCACCUCCAAUGGCUUCCGGUCAUGUUUCUCCACCAAUGGCUCCUCCUAGUAAUGGACCUUCUAUGUUCUCGGCUGGUGGAACUCGGUUUCCUUCUCCAGGAGGCCAACAACAGCCCCCAGCCGGCCUUCCUCCACCGUCAUAUGCGUCAAUGAGGGCUCCAACCCAAGCUCCAGUUAUGCGCUCUCUUAGUGGAACUGGGCCUGCUGGUUCAUCAGCUGACUAUGCAUCCCCUUCUCUAUCUCAGCCCUCUCCUCCUUUCUCAGCCCCACCUCAGGUACAGGGUGCACCACCUCCUUUGGGAUCUACAUUUGGGAUGCAGCCUCCACACAUGCGGCAGGUGACUCCUCCUCCGUCAAUGCCAGGUUCCAUGCAACCACCAAGGAUGUAUGGUAUGCCACCACCAGGACCAGCGCAAACUAUGGCUGCUAUGCCUGCCAUGAGUCAGACCGGGCCAUCAAAAAUUGAUCCCAAUCAAAUUCCGCGUCCCCUUCCAAAUUCAUCCAUGGUCAUGCAUGAAACUCGUGCUGGCAAUCAGGCUAACCUUCCUCCGCCUGCUACAAGUGAGUACGUUGUCAAGGACACUGGAAAUUGCAGCCCUCGCUAUAUGAGGUGUACAAUCAAUCAGAUCCCAUGUACUUCAGACCUUCUUGGAACAUCUGGGAUGCAAUUAGCUUUGUUGGUUCAGCCAUUUGCGCUUCCACAUCCAUCUGAGGAGCCUAUUCAGGUGGUAGAUUUUGGGGAAGGUGGUCCUGUUCGAUGCUCACGCUGCAAAGCCUACAUUAAUCCUUUCAUGAAAUUUAUAGAUCAAGGAAGGAAAUUCAUAUGUAAUUUUUGUGGUGUUACUGAUGAAACACCUCGUGAAUACCAUUGCAAUUUAGGGCCUGAUGGCCGACGUAGAGAUGCCGAUGAAAGGCCUGAGCUGUGUAGAGGGACUGUUGAGUUUAUCGCUUCUAAAGAUUAUAUGGUGCGUGAUCCAAUGCCUGCAGUAUUUUUCUUCCUCAUUGAUGUAUCAAUGAAUGCAUUACAGACUGGAGCAACUGCAGCAGCUUGUAGUGCUAUUAAUCAAGUUAUUGCUGACCUCCCUGAAGGUCCGAGAACUAUGGUGGGAAUUGCAACAUUUGAUUCCACAAUUCAUUUUUACAAUCUGAAGCGUGCGUCACAGCAGCCGUUGAUGCUCAUAGUUCCUGAUGUACAAGAUGUCUAUACGCCUCUUGAAACUGAUGUGAUAGUUCGGCUUUCAGAGUGCCGUCAACAUGUAGAAUUAUUGCUGGAAAGCAUCCCUACCAUGUUUCAGAGUAAUAUGACUGCAGAUUCGGCUCUUGGUGCAGCAAUUAAGGCUGCAUUUUUGGCAAUGAAGAAUACGGGAGGAAAGCUUUUGGUCUUUCAGUCAGUGUUACCUUCAAUUGGCAUUGCUGCUCUUUCUGCUAGGGAGGCAGAAGGUAGAUCUAAUAUUUCUGCUGGUGAGAAGGAGGUCCAGAGAUUGCUUCAGCCAGCUGAUAAGACAUUAAAAGAAUUGGCUAUUGAAUUUGCUGAGUUCCAGGUUUGUGUGGAUUUGUUUAUUACCACCCAGUCCUAUGUAGACAUUGCUUCAAUGUCUGUUGUUCCAAGGACUACUGGAGGACAGGUUUAUUACUAUUACCCAUUCUCGGCUGUCUCUGAUACUGCCAAGCUUUGUAACGAUCUUAGAUGGAAUGUGACAAGACCACAAGGUUUUGAAGCAGUUAUGCGUGUGAGGUGCAGCCAGGGUCUUCAAGUCCAAGAAUACUCAGGAAACUUCUGCAAACGUAUUCCAACAGAUGUCGAUCUUCCUGCGAUUGAUUGUGACAAGGCUCUUAUGGUCACUUUAAAACAUGAUGAUAAACUACAAGAUGGUGCCGAAUGUGCUUUCCAGUGUGCGCUUCUUUACACCACUGUUUAUGGACAACGAAGAAUUCGUGUUAGCACCCUUUCACUUUCAUGCACAAGUGUCUUGAGCAACUUGUUUCGCUCAGCUGACUUGGAUACUCAAUUUGCAUGUUUUGCCAAACAAGCUGCCAUUGGGGUUCCCACUACGCCACUUUUGCAAGUCAGGGAUCAGGUGACUAAUCACUGUGUCAACAUACUGCAUUCCUAUCGAAAAUUCUGCGCAAAUUUGUCUGUAUCAUCAGCGGGCCAGCUCAUUCUUCCAGAGGCACUCAAGCUUUUGCCUUUGUACACCCUUGCAUUGAUAAAAAGCAUCGGGUUGCGAACUGAUGGGCGAUUAGAUGAUCGUUCCUUCUGGACAACCUAUGUCUCUUCCUUGUCUACUCCAUUGGCAAUUCCACUGGUGUAUCCUAGGAUGUUUUCUGUCCAUGACCUUGGAUCCAAGGAAAUGGAUGGAUCUAUUAUUCCUCCAGCUAUCCCGCUUUCGAGUGAGCAUGUAAUUGAUGAAGGAAUUUACCUUCUUGAGAAUGGAGAGGAUGCCUUGGUCUACGUUGGGCAUUCUGUGGAUCCUAGUAUUUUACAAUGUCUGUUUGGUACAACCUCAGUUGAUGAAGUUCCAACUCAGUUUGUGUUGCAGCAAUAUGAUAAUCCAGUGUCUAAGAAGUUCAAUGAGCUUGUCAAUGAAAUUAGACGACAAAGGUGUUCCUACCUCCGCUUCAAGUUGUGCAAGAAAGGGGAUGCUUUAGGAAUGUUAUUCUUCUCAUAUAUGGUAGAAGAUAAAUCUCCAACAGGUCUCUCUUAUGUUGAGUUUCUCGUGCAUGUACAUCGACAGAUCCAAGGUAAAAUGGCUUAAAUUCAUUGUAAUCUUUCAUACUAAUACAUAGAGGUAUGUAGCUAGUACCAUGGAUAUGACUGAUAUAUACAGAGUAAAUUAUGGCAUCGAAUUGAGCCACAUUUACCUUUUCUUUCCUCCUCUCCUUAUGAGGGUUUCUAAAUUGAAGUUUUUAGAUUAGAGGUUUAAAUUAUUUUUCCUCUUUUUUUUACAGUGUAGUUCCAGUUUUAGGCGGGUUUAUAUAUCAGAUAUGAGGAGAAAAAUUUGUAAACAAUAAGCUUCCAUUUUUGCAUUUUGAUAUCUUAUACAACUUCCUUUUGAAAGAUUUGACAA